AUGGCGCUGGCCCUGGAGGCCCCAGGCUUCCUGCAUAGCCCUGCCCGAGAGCUGCAGCAGCGCCUGACCAGCCUCUGGGCCCCCAGCCCCCAGGAGAGCAUGGCCGAGCUGCGGCGGGAGGCCCUGUCCGGGCGCGAGGUGCUGGUGCAGCGCGUGGCUGCCGCCGCGGUGGGCGUGGGGGGCAUGCUGCGCCCGCGGGGCGAGGCCGGCAACGACGACCUGCUGGCGGAGCGCCUGGUCAACGUGGCCACCAGCCUGCCCUUCCUGGGCCUGGGCCUGCACAUGCACAGGAGCCGGCACAGCGCAGAGGCCAAGCAGUAUGCCGCGGCCAUCAUGGCCGUGGGCGUGGUGGCCACCGCCUACCACGCCUCCUCGGGCCGUCUGCGCUCCGUGCUGCGCAAGGCCGACUACUGGACCAUCACCGUCGCCGGCGCGGCGCUGAGCAAAGCCGUGCACCGUGACCGGCGCUGGGCCCGGCGCGCCAUCGGCACCAGCAUGCUGGCGGUGCCCUUCUUCCCCUUCCAUCUGUCGGCCGCGCACACGCUGGCUACCCAGGCCGAGUUCGCGCGUUGCGCAAGGCACAGCGCGCCGGUGCGCCGCGCCUUCCGCCUGCACGCCGCCACCGCCAGCGCGGCCAUCGCCGCCUUCGCGUUGGAGGACCGGCUGGCGGAGCGCGGCGUGCGCGGCGCGCACGCCGUGUGGCACGUGCUCUCUUGCGCCAGCGUCGCCACGCUAGGCGCGCUGGUGGAGCACAAGGAGGGCCUCCGACGGGGGGAGGGCAGCCCGCACGACAGCGUUGCCAGCCUGGACCGCCUGGGCGGCGGGUCGCCCAAGGGCAAGGCACUCGACUGA